AUGGCGCCUGAAGGGGCAUCCCAGCAAGGCCGGUGGCGCCUCGGCCGUCUUUUUGGUGGCAACACUGAUGUCCAAGGCGAAGGCGAAGGCGAAAUCGAAAAGCCUGGGCCAGCUAAAUGGAGCAUGGGAAUGUUGAACGAUUUGGAAACCGUCGAAGUUCCAGGAUCUGUCCUAUUGCUUGCUAGUAAUCGCAACGAACCGCUCGGCCUGCGCAAUGUUCAUGCUCGUACUUCGCAUUCCUCCAUUCCAGCCGGGUUCCCUGUCGAGGCUCCCAUGACUCCCGGCGGCACUCAGUCAUCGGUGUUGUCACCAUCAUCCGGCCCCGAGAAGCCGGCUGACGAAGCCGAAGCCGAAGCCAAGAAGAAGACGGGAGAUGGUAAAAUCAUCUUGGAUCCACAACCAGAGGAUUCCGUCAAUGACCCCUUGAACUGGCCAACCUGGCGCCGCGAUUGCGCUCUCCUGUCUCUGGGGUUUUACUGCAUGAUUGGAGGUGGCAUGACGCCCAUCAUUGCCGCGGGAUUCACAAAUGUCGCCCACGACUUUGAUGUCUCGGUUGAGCGCGUACCUCUAACCACUGGUCUUUACAUGAUGGGCCUAGGAGUAGGCUCUGUCAUUGCCUCUCCCACAGCCAUCCUGUUCGGCAAACGACCGGUAUACCUCGCCGGUGCCAUUCUUCUCAUCGGAACCUGCAUCUGGUGUGGAUACUCGCCAAGCUUCCCUUCCCUCAUUGCCGCCAGAGUCUUCCAGGGCAUUGCCGUUUCUCCGGUAGAGUGUCUGCCAUCUGCCACUAUUGCCGAGAUCUUCUUCCUCCACGAGCGCGCAUACCGUAUCGGAAUCUAUACCCUCUUGCUCCUGGGAGGCAAGAAUCUCGUUCCUCUCGUCAGCGCUGCCAUCAUUGGCCGCUUUGGCUGGCGAUGGGUUUUCUUUAUUGUUGCCAUGAUUGUGGGACUUGGUUUUGUCCUCCUGUUUCUAUUCGUCCCAGAGACGUUUUGGGAUAGAACGCCGACUCGGAGAGUUUCGAAACGACCUAGUUUCCUUCGCCGAAUCUCUCAUCAUUCUAAUCCGGCUCAUGCGUCUGCGGGCCCACUCUCUCCUCGAGGCAAAUCACCUGUUCGCUCUCACUCUCCUGGUACUAUUGAGCGUCAUGAUGUGGUUCUCCCGGAAUCCUCGCGUGGGCCAUCGAUUCAUAGCGCCCGAGCCUCCCUCGCGUCUCCACGGCCCAGUCUCGCUCCUGACCGCGGCCGAACGAUCCCUCCUGCAUCCCCUCAUGCUCACAGCACAGCCGAGAGCAUGGUCAUUACCGAGUAUUACUCGACAGCACCCAACCUCGACAACGAAAAGUUUCCCUCGUGGAAACUCAGAGCACCUCCUAAGAUUAAAGCCUACACUCACAACCUCCGUCACCAACCGGCCCAAACCUUCAUCCAGCAACUCAAACCCUAUCAUGGACGCCUCAAUAAUGACAACUGGUUCAAGGUCAUGGUUAGACCAUUCAUCCUGUUUGCAUACCCUGCUGUCCUUUGGUCCGCCGUCAUCUAUUCGUGUUCCAUCGGCUGGUUGAUUGUCAUCUCUGAAAACUUGGCUGUCAUCUACCGCAACCCGGAAGGAUACAACUUCACAGCUCUCCAGGCCGGUCUCGUUUACGUCUCACCCUUUGUGGGCGGCAUCCUCGGCACCGGCGUGGCAGGCAAGAUCAGCGAUGUCAUCGUUAGAGCCAUGGCUCGCCGCAAUGGUGGCAUGUAUGAACCGGAGUUUCGCCUCGUCAUGGCCGUGCCCAUCUUGCUUGCCACGUGCAUAGGGCUCAUGGGAUUUGGAUGGUCGGCGCAAGAAAAGGACAACUGGAUUGUCCCCACCAUCUUCUUUGGCAUCACGUCGUUUGGCUGCUCCCUUGGCUCGACAACGUCCAUCACUUUUUGCGUCGACAGCUACCGUCAGUACGCGGGCGAAGCCUUGGUCACGCUCAACUUUUCCAAGAAUGUGCUCCACGGCCUCGUCUUUAGUCUGUUUAUUUCCCAGUGGCUCGCAGCUGAUGGCUCAAAGAAUGUCUACAUCUACCUCGGCGUCAUUCAGCUCAUCUUUUGUCUCUGCUCCAUCCCCAUGUACAUCUUUGGCAAGAGGGCGCGCAUGUGGACGGCGCGCAUGAAUCUCAUGGAAAAGUUUUAG